CAUGGACUUGAUUAUUUGACUAAGGAUUGUCGAACUAAUUAAUGCUCUACUUGCAAAUCGAAAUAAAAUUACGCAGCUGAGCACUUGUUUUUGAGAGUGCAGAGAAAAACUCAGCUACUUGAUGAAUGUGAUUGCUGUAGGAGCUUUCCUCUCACACGCUGCAACGAAGUUACAGUCAUUGUUGUGUCAGACAUCGAGUCGUAGAGACGUAGAAUUCACAAAGCUAAAGCAUUUCUUGGGAACAUCCGAAGAACUUUAUCUACAAUGUCUGAGGCGCAUUUUGACGAAUAUGAACACUAUAAUUUCGAUCAUGACAAGCACAUAUUCUCGGGUCACAGCGGCAAGCAGCGAUCGAAGAAAGAAGCCAGCAUUCAUACAAAUCAUUUUGAUCCCUCGGGUCAUUCUAGAAAGAUUUUAACCAAGCUGAUAAACACCAACAACAACAAAAAAGCUUCCAACAAUUACAUUUUGAUGAAUGAAAAGUGAAAAGUAACACUAGAAAGUAAAUGUAUUACUUUC